AUGGCUUCAUCAGCUGAAUAUGAUUAUAUUUGUCCUGUGUGUCAGGAAAUCUUCAAGACUCCAGUUCUUCUAUCAUGUAGUCACAGUUUCUGUAAAGAGUGUCUUCAACAGUUUUGGAGAAACAAGAAUACUCAGGAGUGUCCCGUCUGCAGGAGAAGAUCCUCAAAAUCAGCUCCUCCAGUUAAUCUGGGAUUAAAAAAUGUCUGUGAGUCGUUCCUAAAGGAAAGAAAUGAGAGCCGUUCAUCAGGAUCUGAGGAGAUCUGCAGUUUACACAGUGAGAAACUCAAACUCUUCUGUCUGGAGGACAAACAGCCUGUGUGUUUAGUGUGCAGAGAUUCAGAGAAACACCUCAAACACACAUUCAGACCCGUCAGUGAAGUGGCUCCAGCAAAGAAGGAGGAGCUCAAUACAGCACUGAAGUCUUUACAGGAGAAAUGUAAACUUAAUGAAGAGAUGAAGAGAGAGUUUGAGAAAACAGCUCAACACAUCAAGGCUCAAGCUGAGCACACAGAGCGUCAUAUUAAACAGCAGUUUGAGAAGCUUCAUCAGUUUCUCCGAGAUGAAGAAGAAGCUACAAUCACUGCACUGAGGGAGGAAGAGGAGCAGAAGAAGCAGAUGAUGAAGGAGAAGCUGGAGGAGAUGAACACACACAUCUCAGCUCUUUCACACACGAUCAAAGACACGGAGGAGAUGCUGAAAGCCAAUGACGUCUGCUUUCUGAAGGAGUUUCCAGUCUCAAUGGAAAGAGUCCAGAUCUCACAGCCGGAUCCACAGAUGCCUUCUGGAGCUUUGAUUCAUGUGUCUCGCUACUUGGGCAACCUGCCGUUCAGAGUCUGGAAGAAGAUGCAGGACAUUGUCCAGUACACUCCUGUCAUCCUGGAUCCAAACACGGCACAUCAAUGUCUCGAGCUGUCUGAUGAUCUGACCAGAGUGACAUACAGAGGAAUACAACCAGUUCCUGAUAAUCCAGAGAGAUUUGACUGUUAUCCCUGUGUUUUGGGUUCAGAGGGUUUUAACUCAGGAAAACACUGCUGGAUCGUGGAGGUUAAAGAGAGUCAAAUCUGGAUUUUUGGAGUAACAACAGCAUCAAACCAGAGGAAGGGAUAUGUUUUCUUUAAGUCUGAUUUCUGGAGUGUGUGUUAUGGAUGGUCUAGAUGGUUUGGUUUUCGUGUUGAUCAGGAUCUUGAUCGAGUGCGAGUUGAUCUGGAUUAUGACAGAGGAACAAUAUAA